GCAUCAUGAAAUUUAUUCCAUUUAAAGUUUAUCUACUAGACUCCACCGCCUCAUUUCAGCUUAUUAAACUCUCAUUUUCUGAAAACACCACCAAAACCCAGCAAUCAACUUCUUGUUCUGUUGCUUUCGAUUCAAGUGGUGCGGCGCGACUAGGACGUGAACUUUAAAUUCUCGCAGUUACUUCAAAGCUCAAGUCUCAGGAAUUUGGUAGCCUAAUUUGAACAUGAAGAAACUAUGUUGAGUUGUUAAGACUGUAGUGAAGUAAGAGUGGAUUUUCAAGAUAUGAUAUGGCUAGUGUAGCACCAUUGCUGCCCUCAGAUCCCUUACAUUUCCUCCCCGGCUCGUUUGAUCCGCCCUACAAGCUCAUCCACGCCCACCCGUCCCUCGCCCUCCUCUCCAAAUGCAAGAGUCUAGACACCUUUAGGCAAAUCCACUGCCAGUUCAUCAAGUUCGGCCUCCACAACACGCAGUUUGCGCUGAGCAAGCUCGUGGAGUUUUGUGCCGUUAGCCCUCACGGGGACCUCCCCUAUGCCGUCUCAAUCCUCAACUCCAUCCACAAUCCGAAUCAUGUCAUAUACAACAUGAUGAUCCGUGGAUACUCGCUGAGCUCUUCCCCGAGUUUAGCCCUGAAUUGCUAUGCAAACAUGUUGGUUCUCGGCCUUCAGCCGAAUUCCUACACAUUCCCUUUCCUUCUCAAAUGUUGCACGAGGCUCCCGGCGUUGGAUGCAGGGAAGCAGGUUCACGGGCAGGUGCUUAAAUUCGGGCUCGUUGAUGAUGUGUACGCGCACACUUCAUUGAUCAACAUGUAUGCUCAACAUGGGGUUUUGAAUGAUGCGAAAAUGGUGUUUGAUAAGGGUGGUUACAGAGAUGCAGUGUCGUUCACGGCCUUGAUAACGGGGUAUGCCUCGAGGGGCUGUGUGGAUGAAGCACGCGAGCUGUUCGAUGCCAUCCCUAUCAGAGACGUGGUGUCGUGGAACGCCAUGAUGUCGGGGUACGCCCAAACCGGCCGAUUUGAUGAGGCUCUUAGCUUGUUUCAUGAGAUGAUGAAACAGGGAAAACAGGGGAAACAGAGUGUGAGUCCUAAUGUGAGCACAAUGGUGACCAUUCUCUCCGCCUGCGCCCACCGGGGUGAUAUGGAAACGGGAGGCGUGGUUCGAUCUUGGAUUGAGGAACACGGGCACGGUUCAAACCUCAAGCUUCUCAACGCCAUGGUUGAUAUGUAUGCCAAGUGUGGAGAUCCGGACACGGCCCGUGGCUUGUUCGACUCUAUGCGGGAGAAGGAUCUCGUCUCGUGGAAUGUCAUGAUCGGAGGGUAUGCUCACACGAGCAAGUAUAAGGAGGCGCUGCAGGUGUUUCGUUUGCUGCUGCUGGACAACGUGGAGCCUAACGACGUCACUCUGUUGAACAUGAUCCCCGCCUGCGCGCAUUUGGGCGCGCUCGAUCUUGGCAAGUGGCUGCACACGUAUGUGAAGAAGUGUUGUGUGGAGUUCCCUAACGAGGCUCUGUGGACUAGCCUCAUUGAUAUGUAUGCCAAAUGUGGGGAUAUUGAGGCUGCAAAACAGAUCUUUUAUGGUAUGCAGGGGAGGAGUUUGGCUUGUUGGAAUGCGAUGAUUUCGGGUUUAGGUAUGCACGGGGACGCCGCCGGAGCUAUCGACCUUUUCACGGAAAUGGCGGGCGAGGGCGUCGAGCCGGACGACAUCACCUUCGUGGGCGUGCUGUCAGCGUGCUGCCACGCCGGUUUGGUGGAUCGCGGGCGUGAGCUUUUUGCCUCGAUGAUCCGGGACUACGGGAUCGCGCCGCGCGUGCAGCACUACGGGUGCGUGGUUGACCUCCUCGCCCGAGCGGGGUUGCUCGAGGAGGCGGUGGCGAUGGUCGAAUCGAUGGAGGUGGAGCCGGACGGAGCGAUCUGGGGCUCCGUCCUCGGAGGGUGCCGGCUCCACGGAAACGUCGAGAUCGGCGAGUACGCGGCCAGGGCCCUCGCCGAGCUCGAGCCGGGCAACCCGGGGAACUAUGUGGCGCUCGCGAACAUCUACGCGGGGGCCGGCCGGUGGGACGAGGUGGCGAGGGUCCGGACGUUCUUGAAUGAUGCCGGGCUGAGGAAGGUCCCCGGGUCGACCUCCAUCGAGGUGGGCGGGGUCGUGCACGAGUUCCUCGUGAGCGACCGGGCGCACCCGAGGAGCGAGGAGGUGCACCGGAUGCUCCACGAGGUCGAGGGGCUGUUGAGGGCGGCCGACACGUCGGGAGAAACCUCAUCCUCCUCCGACGCGUCGGCCGAUCGAGAGGAGGUGUGUGAGCAUAGUGAGAGGUUGGCGAUUGCUUUUGGGUUGAUCAGUACUAAGCCGGGAACAACGUUGAGGAUUGUGAAGAAUCUAAGGGUUUGUGGUGAUUGUCAUGCUGCGACGAAGAAGAUUUCGAAGAUUUUCAAGAGAGAGAUUGUUGCAAGGGAUCGGAGCCGGUUUCACCAUUUUAAAGAUGGGGAGUGUUCUUGCAUGGAUUAUUGGUGAAAAUUUUUGUUAAUUUUUAAAGUAUUAAUCUACAUUAUUUUUUAUUAAAUUUUGAAGUAUAUGUUUGUGUUGUAACUUGUAAUGUAGUGUUAUCGAUUUGUUUUUUAAAAGAUUGAGAAGGAUAUGAAUGUAGAAACAAUAAUGAAGUUGGAACCACGCAAAAUCACAAUUAAAUUAUUCCUAUU